AAGGGGGAGGAUAGGGAGAAAGGGGAAUGCGGAGGAGAAGGCGAACCGGCAAAAUAGAAGGCAAUGGGUCCACGCGCGCGUUCCCAGCAGCCUAUCCUAGAUUUAUUUCCGUAGACGCGUUGCGCAAUGUGCGCACCUCGCUGGUUAGCUCGGUAACCGCUGACCCUCAUUAUAAGUACGGAAGACGCGCCAAAGGGGGGUAAUGAGCAUCAUUUAUCGAAAGCCCCGAUGACUCUCGUUGUUCCCGCCGUCGUUAACGCGUCGCGAUCCAUUAUCCCGAUGUCUCUGUCGAUUAUUCUUGUUGUUAGCGAGCGCGAUUCAUUUAAAUUCCGCAUUACUGCGACGAAUCGGAUUCGAUAAUAUCACAAAUUGUUUAUAUAUGUAUAUUAAAUUGAUGCAUCUUUAGCUUCUCUUACGUUUGGUUGGAUAAAUAAAUAAAUAUACACAGACGAAAUUAUUUUUUGUUAUGAAAACCAUGUAGUAAUAUUAGCUACGAGUCCUGAGAAGUAUAGAUAUACAAUAAGAAUAUUUCGAAAUUAUAGACUAUAAUUGAAGGUCACAACAAGCCAAACAGUAUACGUCUUUAGAAAAUAUCUAAAAAACGAUUUAAAGACGUCUUAUUAACCUAUCGACAUUUUUAAGAUGCCCUUUGGCCUUCUUGUACUGUCUGGGAAAGCAUUAAUUUGUUAUACAUAAUAAAUCCAUAAAUAAAACUGACAACAAAGAAAAAGUUAAUUUUACAAAUAGAGAAAUUCAUAUUUUCCUCAUGUCUUUUUUUCAUACAAAUCGAUUAUUAAUGAAUACAAAUAACUAUAGUUAAGACAUAGAUGUAACUGAAAAAUUAUAGUAAAAAACUUAAACUUUCCUCUCCUCUGUAUUUUUUCUCCAAAUUACUGACAAAGUUAUUUAUACUGAAACGGCAAAGGAGAAAUAAUAUAACUUUAACUCAAUCAUUUUCCAUUUGAUAAGAGUUGGCAAACUUUACUAUAUUUCAAAACUUGAGAAAGAGUUUGCGUUUAUUUUACUGUUCCGUUAAAACGGAAAGAAUAUUUCUUAACUGGAGAAAUAUUUUUUAGUAGGCCGGAUAAAUUUAUCGCGGUUCUUUCUUUCGGUUUGUGGUAAAGUAUUUUUUCAAAGGUAAAUGUCUCUCUCUUUCUCUCUCUCAUAUUAUAAUAGGCCAUGUCACAUCAAACAUACUCUAUCAAGUAUUACAGAAAUUUACAGAAAUUGUAAUUAGAAAGAAGACGAGAAAGAUAUACGUUAAAAGUAUAUAGAAAAUUCUUUGCAAGAAUAUUUAUAAAGUGUAAUCAGACUAUAAUCUAAAGUAAAAUCCAUAAAUCAUUUUAAAUCUCAGAAUGUGUUCUAUCCGGCUCUUUCCUGAUGGAUCAGGUAUCCUUCAGGUCAACUGUAGUAAAAGUUUCCUAAAAAACAUACAAGAUAAAAAACAGGAUAAUGACAGUAUGACGCGUCGCAAUACACACAUCGCUUUGUCGUACAUGUUGGCGAGAUAAGAUUAUGCCAGUGCACGGCGGUUUCGUGCCUCAUGACGAAUCAACGAUGUAUAUCGAGCGCGAAAUUGUCAGGUAUCAAUGAUGAUCCGUCGAAAUUAUCACCUUUACGUUGUCCGUACAAUUUGAGCGGCUCGCCAUGACACGUAAAAUAAUUAGAAGCUUAUUUAUUGCUCUUGUCUUUCAAGUAAUUGUAAUUGGUGUUUCGGUGCAUUCAUCCGGAAAAUGCUCAUUGUUGUGCAACUGCGACAUUUGGUACGGAUUGCAGUACGCCUCUUGCGUUGGACGCCAUCUUUACAGCAUUCAUACAGGUGCGCCCAACACCGUGCAAGCUUUGGAUUUAUCGAAUAAUUCGAUAUCUAUUUUAAAUAAUUAUGAACUAGCGAAUGCAGGAUUGUUAAAACUUAAAUAUCUCAAUCUUUCUACAAAUGCAAUCAGCGAAAUUGGCUUAAACGCUUUCGAUGGAUUAUCUAACUUGACAGUUCUCGAUUUAUCCCAGAAUCAUCUUUACUAUCUUUUGUCAGAUAUUUUUAUAUCAGCAAAGAAUUUGCGAAUUCUCCGACUGUCAAAAAAUAAUUUUAACUCUCAUGUACCAAAGUUGAAGUGUCCUUGGCUCACGGAUUUAAUUCUGAGUUCCUGUCAAAUUAGCUAUAUAUCGACGGAUGCGUUUAUCGGACUCUUGCAUCUUCGUAAUCUUGAUCUUUCAAAUAAUUUAAUGAUUCAGUUGGAUAGUGUUGUCUUGGACAAAUUGCAAUUUUUACGAACGUUAUCAAUAGAGGGAAAUCCCUGGUCUUGUGACAAAUUUAUGCGCGAUCUGCAGAUGUAUUUAGCCCAUAAGAAUAUACAAUAUUAUCCAGUAUGCACAAAAAAUUUAGAGCCAAAGAAAUUUGAGAAAAUGAUUGUAUACAAGCCACAGAUGAGGCAUGAGAAGCAUCGUCCCUCGAUAACUUUGGAAUCAAACAUAAAAAAUAUAACAACAAAAAAGUUCCCUGCAUUUAUAUCCACGUACAAAAAUACAACUACUUGCGUUAAUGCGACAAACAAAGCAAACUUUACGAAAACAUUAAAUGCUAUAUCGCCAUAUUGGUUCUUGGUACUUGGAUUUUUACUUGGUAGUGCCUGCAGCAUGUUUACAUGCUAUAUUUGGCUCACAAGAAAGACAUCUUGCUGCCAUGGCUAUCGCCAACGAAGAGACAACGAUGCUCAAAGAAUUUCGUUACUGCAAAAUUUAUGGCAAUUUGAAGAUUCAGUCUUUCACGAAGACGCGAUAUCUUGUCCUGGUACUCCACCACCACCAUAUCGUGAAGUCAUGUUGCAACCGGGGCUUUAUCGUAAUCCAGCCGUCACAACAAACUUAAAUAAUAAUGCAAACAAUACAGGAUAACUAGGACU